AUGGUGCAACAGGUUGCAUGGCUACUUCGGUCGAGCGCGAACGGUAUUUGCAUCCAUUUAUCAUACCGUAGCUUGCAAGCAGAGCUGGCAUUUCCGCCUCCGGACAUAAUAUUUUUAAAUUCUAUUUUAAAGAUCUCCUUGCACGGAAAAGAAAUCCUGUCAUGGAGCCCCUACUUAAUUUUAAAGGAUAUCCUGAAGGAACCCCCUGCCCUAUUUAAUAGUCCUCAAUGUUUGGACAAAAUUUCGCCCAAAUGGAGCCCUAUAGCUUCAAUUGCACCCUCGCCGUUCAAAUAUGAUUGGACGUUUUCGUCCAUGUAUAAUGGGAUGGUCAAUUCCGACACACGUCAUGACGCGUUUAUUGGCAGCCAACAGUUGGACCUGGUAUUUGAUAAAAAAAUACUCCAAAAAAACAGGGAUGACCCCAUCGCCACGGCAUUGUCCUUUUUGGUCUACGAAGAUGAACUUGGCGAUAUGGGAAAAAGCGUAUUUUCGUGUCGAAUCAGAAUUACCACGAGAUACAUGUUCAUCCUUACAAGAUCAUGGCUGGAGCUGCCGAUGCAAGGCAUAUAUCGGUCAAUUGAAAAUCGAUGGAUGUGCUAUGUUGACAUGUGCCCGCCUUCGUUUCGACAUGAAUUUUGCAUAAAAGAGCUCGUCAAUACAAAUUGCCACCUAAAUCGUGAAAAUGUCGACGAUGUUUUCAGAGAUGCCGAAGCCGCCAAGUUGGAUGUGAUCCGUGAGCACAUUAAAAUUGUAAACUUUUGCUUUUUGGCGAUCUUUAAAUUGACAAGGGUUGCACCAAUGCUAUUUAUGUUCCUUCCCCAUUGGUAUCAGGGCAUUCGAUUGAUUGUGCAAAAUCAUUAUUAG